AUUUAAAAUGCAAGUACAAAGUAGUGCAUGAUAAUAAAAACAACACAAUCUCCUAACGUAACUAGACUUUUACUUUACUCAAUGACUAUGCUAUGGUAGAUAGAGAUUAGAAUGUGGUGAAUAGAAUACCAACAGAUUUAGAUGUAUUAAUUGAAGCAAAAUAAUGUAUCAAAAGAAUCAAAUUUUGAACAAUGCUUGAAGGUUUAGCAGCGUGGGUUCUGAACACAUAUGUGGGAGAGUAUGUAGAGAAUCUCAAUACAGCUCAACUGUCUAUAGCCUUUUUAAAAGGUGCAGUUGAGCUUGAGAAUUUACCUCUUAAAAAAGAUGCACUUAAAAGUUUAGACAUACCAAUAGAAGUCAAAUCUGGGUUAAUUGGAAAGAUAACAUUAAACAUUCCACUGAGGAGUCUUCGAAGUGAACCGUGGGUCAUCUCUAUUGAAAAACUAUAUAUUGUGACAGGACCACUGACCAACAUUCAAUAUGAUGCAGAAAGUGAAAGAAAACAUCACCAGGAACAAAAGAAAAUCAUGCUGGAUGCUCUGGAAGAGAAAUGGAAGGUUAUUCAAGGACAUCAGAAAGAUCAGUCAGCAUCCUGGUUUUCCUACGGAGCCUCCAUGGCAGCUAAUAUACUGGAAAAUAUUCAGCUGAAUGUCAAAGAUGUCCACAUUAGAUAUGAGGAUGACACGCUCAAUCCUGCUUGUCCUUUUGCAUGUGGCAUUGUCAUCAAAUAUCUGAGUGUUCAGAGCACUGAUUCAACUUGGAAACCCAAGUUUGUCAGCCACUAUGAAGGUAAUGAAACAAUGUUUAAGCUGGUGGAUCUGCAAGAUUUUGGGAUUUAUUGUGAUACUCAUGUAACACUAGUUGGACAUCUGCCUUUGUCUGAGUUGGUGGAAGUAUUUGAAAAAGAUAUGAACCGUAGGACAUUAGAGAGUGAAUACAAGGAUCAUAAUUACAUACUAAAGCCUAUUAAAGCUGAAGGGAAAGUGACACGAAACACAUCAGCAUUCCCUUUGAAAUCGGCACUGACUCCUCGAAUAUUUGUUGAGCUCACACUGGGUGAGAUGUCUUUCAGCCUGGCCACUGACCAGUACCAGAGUUUAAACCUGUGGCAGAGAGAGUUUGCCAGGCACGACAGGCAGAGGAAAUUCAGGAAAGGUCGUCCCUCAAGUCCAGUUAGCACAAGUCCUAGAUUGUGGUGGCAAUUUGCUGUUCAGAGUCAUUUAGAAAUUAUUCAAGACAGAAAUGAUCGGCUCACUAAAACUUUUAUGAUUGAGAGGGCACAAACAAUAGUGAAUUAUUCUAGAAUCUAUACUGCAUAUUUGAAAGGCGAAAUAUUGACACCACAGCAAAAGUUACAAAAAGGAAACAUUGAAGAGGAUUUAGAGUUUGAAGAACUGAAACUAAUCAGAGAGGCAACAUUUGCUAAAGUCAAGAAGAACAAUCAAAUGGCAUUACUACUGGCAAAGAAAAACUUGCCCACUGAAGUAUUGUCUCCAACUCAACAGAAAGAAAGUGGCAGCUUGUUUCAGCAUUGGUUUCCUGGCUGGUCUGGCUGGUCUCAGCCUGUUGAACAGCCAAAGUCAGAUAUGUUGGAAAAUAUCAGUGCUGAUGUACAGGAGGAGCUCAAAACACCCAAUUUAGAUGAUGUUGUAACUGAGGAUUUGAUUGAGCAAGAACUUCAAGAUGUCAUCAAAGAUUCAUCUGAGAACAGUUCAUUUUUGAGAAAGGAUGUUGUUUUUGCCAGAAUGACUUUUCUUCUUACAAAGGGUUCUUUCCAGUUGAGAGAAUCCCAUAACUCUAACAAAGAUGGCCAGACUCUGACAGAACUGCAGUGUUCCACUAUAAGUAUGGCCUUUGAAUCCAGACCACGUACUAGUGCUAUGAAGUUUUCUCUUGCUGUUGGGAGUCUUUAUGUUCAAGACAUGACCACCAAAUUUUCAGCUUUUACUUACAUCAUAAGUCCCCAGGCUAAGAAUUUAGGUCAAGGUCCUCUAUCAAAAGAAAGUCAAGGAGCAGAAUUUUUCAAAUUGUGCUAUGAAAAAAAUCCCAGUGCAGUUUUUAAAUACAAAGUCACCAUGAAAACACAGCCACUAGACAUUAUAUAUUCACCGGAGCUUAUUUACAGAAUCAAAGACCUCUUUAGCUCCCCUGUCACUGGUUUGUCUCGCACUGCAAGCUCUGUGUCAACCUGGCAGUUUGCUAAACUAAGAAAACAAACUCAAGAAGAAUUAAAGAAUACUUUGGAUCUUUUGAUGGAGGAGAGAGCCACCAAGUGGAACAUACAGUUAGAAAUCAGUGCCCCAAAGUUAAUCAUACCUGAGAAUGUGUCAGACCAGAACCCACAGUUGGUGAUCAUAGAUUUGGGCAACUUGCAUGUGAACACUGUGACCUCCCCUAGAGACUUUAUUGAUCCCCAGGAAAACAGAGGAAAAGUGAGAGAGGAAGAGGGUGAAGAUAAAUUUGAGACACCUCUGUCUACCCCUCCCAAUGAGACAGAGGAAGAUGUGGAGGUGAAGAUGACUAUGGCAUCUGGCCCAUUUAGUUCAAUGAAGAGUCCCAGAAGUUCUGACAAUCUGGAAGAAAAUUGUGCCGAGAACAUGUUUCAGGACAGAUUAUAUGAAAAAUAUUGCAUUGGACUAACAGAGGUGCAGGUCCUGACAGGAAGACUCAAAGACAAUUGGAGACUUGCUUAUGUUAGGGGCACCAGUAUGAUGCAUGUUGUGGAUAGGUUUAAUAUAUCAGUCAUGCUGGAGAGACGUUUGAUCACAACAUCAGACAUUCAGUGGCCCACAGCAAAGCUCUCUGGUAACUUACCUUCCCUGACUUUUCAUCUGAAUGAGAAAAAGAUACAAGGUCUUCAGAAAUGCUUAGAUAAAUUUUCCGAGCCACGUCCAGCUGGCAUAUCUUUGUCUUCAGCCUCUCAAUCUUCUGUUGCCGCAGCCAUGGAACCUUUAGGAUACAGUCCCUUGCAAGAGCAGUUUAGUUUUGAUGAUGCAAGUCCAGCACCAGCUACAUUCAGGGAUGCCAAUGAGGACAAUAAGCUGAUUGUUCUACAGUUUUUAAUAAAUAAUUUAUCACUUGAGGUUCACAACCAAGAUCGAGCCCUUGUGGAGCUUAGAGUAACUGGAGUGCAAGCAGAUUUUCAUCUGAAACCUUUAAACAAAUCACUAGUCCUGACUGUUCACAGUCUUCUGUUGGUUGACGCUGUUCAGCAGUACGGACCUGACUUUGAACUUUUGAUUGCCUCACAUAAAAAUGUCAGGUUGGACAGUCGAAGUGGCAGCAUCAAAGGGUCUGAGUUUAACUCACCAACAUCUCCCCUAUCACCAUCCUCACCAGCAUCUCCUGGCUCACCCACACAAAAUUUGACCUCUACUAUCUCUUUUGGCAGCUUCCAAUCGUUUCAAGAUGCAAUCAGCAGUGCUUUUCAUUCUGUUCUGUCUCAAGCUGUUCCUAGCGCUCAGUCCAAGAAAGCUACAGAGCCAGAACCAAGUCACCCACUGGCUUCAUCAGAUUCUAAAGCACUUAUUAUGUUGGAAUAUGAAGUAAUCACAACAUGUGCCUCAUCACAAGAUCCAGGGUCUCAAGACUCAGUCACUAGAGUCUUAAACUUGCAGUUCAAUAGUUUGGACUUUAUAGCAAAUCAAGAAACUUUGACAGAGAUCAUGGCUUUUGUAAAUAGAACUUUCCCAAAGUCAUCAUCCAAUGAUUUGGGUAACAAACCAACUGUCACUAAAAAUAUAUAUCCUGUGAAACAAAGCAAGAGCAAAGAUAUUUUACUUGUGAAUGCUGAUUUUAAACGUCUAAAUGUAAUGAUGGUCAAGUUUUUAUCUGAUUCUGGACUAAAAAUAGCCCGUAAAGUUGCUACAGCUACAUUGUCCUGUGCUAAGUUGGAGGCUAAAUAUGAUGAGUUGUGGGAACUGAAUGGGAGCUUGGGAGGCCUUCACUUGCUCGAUGUGACUCCAGAAGGCACGCUGUACCGUCAAGUGGUCAGCAUUGGUCAGUUUCAAGAAGUGGAUGCGUCAACAGGUCUUCCAAUGUCUCCUUGCUGUACAAGUUUUGCAAUCUCCACGGUCUCGUCUACUUCAGAAAUGUUCAGGACAGCUGCGGAUGACAGAGUUUUUGCUGAACCCUUGCUGGCGGAAUUGCAGGAUAAGAAGAAUGCCUGUACAUUUGUCAUUAAAACUAGGCAGUUAAAGCCACCACAGCAGGAACUAGAUGCCAGUCUAAAUGAUCUCUCCAAAUCUGAUCAAGAGAUUACAGAGGCAAAGUUUGAUAUGGCUGCACUGACCUAUGUCCACUGUCCUAAAUUUCUAGACGAGAUGGUGGACUGCGUCUCUGAGUUUAAAGAUUAUAUGACUAAAGUCUACACCACCAUCAAGACUGCAGCCACUGAGGUAGCCAUGGGCAUUGUAGGGGUCAGAGGUGACAAGGAUGCCUCAUUGUCAGAUGCCUCCACUGCUGGCUUCACUAUUAGGAGAGAUCAGUCUCUGGGGGACAUAACCAACACCAUCUUACUGGAGGACAUGUCCUACUACCAAGGAACCUCUGCCAUUGAAGCUAACAAGAGUUUCAUACUUAUCAAUGCUAGGAUGGAGUCACCAAUUCUCGUCUUCCCACCUUCAUCAAAUAGUCCACAGGUAUUAUUGGCCCAUCUUGGAGAAAUAGUCAUUGACAAUUCCAAUGUUGAUAAAAUCUCCAGCAGAUCUCCCAGCCUUAAUCAAGAUUUGAUCAACUUGUCACUGACCAACAUGAAUCUAUACUCUGUAUGUAUUGAGCAGCAGCUCAGCAUGGUCACUGUUGGGCUGGACAGCUCAAAGCUGUCAGAGCUGACACAGAAGUUUGGUGUGCCCAUACUGUAUGACACCUCUGUGGAUCUCACCAUUGGUAAGAAGGAGAUGGACAACCCUUACAUCAACCCAAACGUGUCCUCCAGGAUUGAGGGCAUGUUUGGACUGGCUCCUGAGUUUCCACCGGCAAGCAGCUCCAACAGUGAAUCCUUUGAGCAGGACAUGUUUCAGGUUUCUUCCUUGUUGGAAGUGAAAGCUCAAAUUUCCAACCACAUUAAGCUAAAUCUAUCUAAAGAGGUUUAUGAGCAAAUAUUAAAAACUGUUGAUAAUUUAACUUAUGAUGCAGAGUCUUCCAAAACACAAUCAACAAAGCACAGUAAAAGUGCCUAUACUACAUUAAAUUUAGCUGAUGUCAUUGAGCAAGACAAAAUGGCAUAUAAAUUAAGUGAUGAUCUGCCUGGUGCUAAGUCAAAAAGUAUGCCAAAUGUAAUUAAUUCAUCAGACUCAGGCCAAAAUGAUAGCUUCUUGGCCAAACAUUUUGAUUUCAAAGUGCCUUUGUUUGAAGUGGAACUCAGGGGAGAUUUUGGUGAAGGAGAGAGAGGGAUAGUAGACCUGAAGCUCUAUGACUUUGCUGUUCAGUAUGAGAAGAAUGACAAGGCAUGCACAAGAAUAAACCUUCACCUGAAAGCUCUUCAGAUGGAUGACCUUUUGGAGCCUCCUGACUCUAAACACAGACAGAUCAUUGUGUCACGUCCAUCAAAGUCCAAGGAUAUUCUUGAAAAACUGCACAGUCAACCUAAAGCCCUGAUGUCAAAGUCUUGUCCUGACAGUACCAUUGUAGCACCCAUACCUGUGAUGCCUCCUUCACUACCAUCCAGCUUUGUAGACAGAACCAGCUGUCAUCAACGUCACCAGCAGCAGCACUCUCACAAAGGAGGUGUCUCUUCUCAGAGAAAAAAGUCCCCAGACAGCCCUGGAGAGUGUCCAUACACACCUCCACCUAGCCCUGUAGCUAGGGAACACAAAAUCAACCAACAGAGAAGAGCUGAUGAACUAGUCCACAUUGAUGUGACAUUGGUGGAUAAGAAACAGCCAGAGUUUGUGGAGAAAUAUAACAAGACCAACAGGUUCAUCAAUAUUGACUUUGCAUGCCUGGACGCCACCAUUAACCUUCAGACAUGGGUAGUUCUGUUAGAUUUCAUUGGAAUGGGAGCCAAAGUACAUGACAUCAGUGUCACAGAGCAACCAGCCAAAGCAUCCACUCAGCAAAAAGAAAAUGCUAAAUUUGAAGCUGCCAAAGAAAAUAUAAACUCAGAAAUCAACUUUCAAGUAGAGAGCUUCACAUUAAUCUUCAAUAAACCAGAGUACGAGCUAGCCCAGACCACAGCUGCUGACCUCAAGACACAUAUAGAAAUCAGAGAUGAUAACCUUUCUUUAAAUGGUCAACUGGGCAGUCUUUCACUACUUGACCAAUCACCUCAUGGCCAGCUAUACAGGCAAAGAUUUGUGUCUACCGGCAGACAGGUGGUGGAAUUUCAUUUUUUUAAAUAUGGCCUUCCAGAUCCAUUAAUGCAAAGGACAUUUGACAUGAGCUUAAAGUUAAGGAUGUCUUCUGUUCGUUACAUCCAUACCAACCGUUUCCAGUCAGAGCUUAUAGCUUUUGCUCAAAAUUUUCUACAGUUACAAGAUCUUCUUGGAAGACAGAGGGCAGCUUCAGUUGGGAAAAAGAUCAGUGAAAUAGCCACCAGAGGAUCCAGGAUUUUACUGGACAUUGAAGCUGUCUCACCCAUACUUUUGAUUCCACAUAGUUCUAUGACCAACUGUGUUCUUGUGGCAGAUUUAGGCAACUUGAAAUUGAAGAAUCAGUUCCUUGUUGAUGGAAAAUCUGGCACAUUGAGAGCUAAGUCAGAGGCCAGUUUACAUUCUCAGGGUUCUGACCAUUACUCAAGUGGUAAUGCCUCUGCCUUUCAGAAAGGUAUUGUUCACAGAAGUAUGGCAGGAAGUACCCUGAAUGAAUCCUUGUCACCUGCCAGCAGGUCUGUGGAUCCCAUGACCCAGAGCAUAUAUGGUAGUUUUGACAGUGACUAUCGCCUUGAGGGGCUUGAGAUGUUUUCUACUGCAGGUCGGCCUGGCAGUAAGCAUGUCAGUGAAUCUACUUUUGGUCUCAACCAAACAGACAAAGGUUUUACUUCUGAACAAGGUGACAACAAUGAAGAAGAUCACAGAUGUCUUCUGGAUGUUAUCUCUGUGAUUCUGUCUGACAUGGAUCUCUUUACAGCCAAACGUAUAUGGAAAUCUGAUUACAAGCAUGGAGAUCUGUCAACAGAUAUGGAGUUUUCUACUUUUGUGGUGGAAAGAGAGCCUGGAAAGCUGCUUAAAGAAAAGUGUCUUUUGGAACUGCACAUUGAAAGGAACCUUGAAGGGGACGUAAGCCACACAGCACCAGACUUCAAUGUUAAUGGCAAACUCUCCUCUGUGUACUGUCAUUUAGAUGGAAGCCAGUAUGAACUGGUUCGGGGCAUUUUGAAUCAUAACCUUGGAGAAAAGCUGGAAGAGUUCCAACGUCCACUUAUGUCUAGUCUUCAGAACCCAAGCAUUCAGACAAUUUUAACUGGCAAACCUUGGAAAGGGAUAAACUUGGUAAUAGAUCUAAGAAAUGUAACUGUUGAGCUUCUGCACUCACACCCUGUCUCUCCUGAUGUACCAGAGAAGUCUCUUGCUCUGCUGGACUUUAUUCAUUCCCAGCUAUCCUACUGUAGCUUUUCCAAUCAAUUGAAGGAAGUAGACCUUGUUUCCGAUGAAAUUAAAGUCUAUGAUACACGAUUUAAAGCUGAACCAGUCAAUGCUAGACCCAAUGUUUUCACCAGCAUUCUGCAGCCAUCCCCUGGUUCCACAGAGAACAAAAACUUUCAGAUGAAAAUGCACUUGAGAUCAAGUCCUGAUAGCAGUCACUUCACCAUCAUAUUGAACAGUGUCCGCCUCAUGUGUGUGUUUGAUUGGCUCCUGGCUAUGAAAGAGUAUUUGUCAAAAGAACCACCAGAUCCAUUCUCUAAAGUUGUUCAGCCCAUACAAAGUCCUGUCACACCUACUGAGCCCAUAUUUGUCAAGUCUGUUAAAAAUCAGAGCCCUCUGACUGUGUCCAGAGGCAUUGCUACAAAAAGGGGUCCCAUGGUUGAAGAGGUGAAGGUUUCAUUUGGACUUGUGUUAAACUUCUUUGAUACCCAGUUUGUUGUUGUGGAAGAUUCCACAUCCAUGGAUACUAACGCUGUUAUAUUCAAGAAUACAGCUGUGAUAACCUACAAGCCACAGGCUCAAGACAAGAUUCUCUCUUGUUCCUUACAAAGCUUGGAGCUUUUCUCUUGUUGUCUGAAAGAUGAAGAAGACACCGCUCUCUCAAUCAUUGAUCCGACUUCCAUCACCAUUGACCUGAAUGCCAACCCACUCCCCCAGCCGGAUCCUAAUGCUACGGGACUACUGGUCUUGAAAGAUACUCAGAGAAGACAAAUGGUGCUGGAAAUGGUUUUGAAGACUCUUAACAUCAGAGUAUCUUACCACGACAUAGUCAUGUUUCUUGCCAUCAUCAACUCCCUGCCACAGCAGGCACUGCAGGCCCAGCAGGCCUCUGCCAGUUCAGCAUCAUCAGAGUCCACAGAUAAGCCAAGCCCUGCACCAGCCACAUCAGAGAAGGUUGCUUCUUUUGAGGACAAUAUCACCAAGAGCAUGAUGGGUGGGAGUCCUCCUCCUCAUAAUGCUAUCAAUGACAAUAUAGAUGAAGAAGUCUUACAACUUCUUGAACUGGGGUAUGCUGAGCCUGAUGUUCGUAAAGCCCUUGCAAAGACCAGUUGGAAUGUAGACAAAGCAGCUCUAUGGUUAACAGAAAAGGGCAGCUAUCUCCAAGGAAAUAAAGCAGAAAGUCCAGUGCCCUCUGUUGGAUCUGGUCAAUUUCAAGUGACAUCAAUACUGUUAACAGCAGAUUGUAUCUCUCUUCAACUUAUUGAUGAUUGUGGUGAUGUUGACAUACCUCUAGUUGAACUUUACUGUAACGAGCUGAAUGUAAAACAAGAGGUAGAGCCAAACAUUGAAGGGAAAUCUUCAUUCAAAUUGAUGGGAGAGUAUUACAAUAGAAAGCUUUCGGGCUGGGAACCCUGUCUUGAGCCUUGGAAGUCCUUGAUUGAGUGGAAGCAAUAUGAUAAAUCUGCUGAGAAAAAAUUGGCCAUACAAAUUGCAGCCCAAGAUGUUCUCAAUCUGAAUAUAACAUCCACCUUGCUUGACCUCUACAAACAAACAAGUGACAACUGGGCAGAAGACUACUUUAGCCAGCACAGAGACAAGUCUAAAGUGACCAGGACUGCAUCGUCCAGUAGUCAUGAUGGCUUGUCAAGAGUUCCAUCUCAGUCUCAGCAUAAGAGGCUGCCAUUUGUUCCCUAUGUUAUCAGGAAUGAUACAGGCAGUGUGUUAAGGUUUCAGACUGCCACCACAACUCCGUCAAAAUCUUCCAAAGAUCACAGAACCAGCCGUCUUCUAGAAAGUGCUAACAUUAUAACUUCAAACUGGGAGACUGUUCAGCCAGGGGAGAGCAAACCAUUUCACUUUAGUAGAAGGGAAAAACUAAGACACCAGAAAUCUCAUGCCAUGCACACCAAUCAGCUAGUUGUGACUGUGGAGGGCUGGAUGAGACUCUCUCCAGUGUCAGUUGAUAAAGUUGGAAUCUACUUCAGGCACGCUGACCCUGAGCUACAGGCACCUCCUAAUAUUUCACCUGCCCGUGUGGUUUUUGAUGUGCAGCAAGAGGGCAGUGCCAGGAAAUUGAUUAUUGUCAGGUCUGCAUUGGUUGUUCACAAUAAGUUGGACAGUCCCAUAGAACUGAAAAUGGAAUCCACUGAUGAAUCUGGUCAUUACUGCUCAAUGACAGUCCCAGAGAAUACAGCCUUGCCUAUACCCUUGUACUGCAUCAACAUGAGAAUCAGAGCAAGGCCUACUGAUUGGUCAGUACACUUCUGUAAAAAGCCACUAGAUUGGCAGCAUGUGAAGGUUGCAGGGGACAAACCUGAUGGGAUUAGGACUUGUGAAGCAUUUGGUCAGAAAAAUGGAGAAUACAGGUUCUUUGUCUGUGUAACCCGCCAGAAGUACCCAGAUGAAGAGAAUCUCAUGAUUGGGUCAACGUCUCAGCCCCUCAGCCAUGGGUACAUACACCCAACUCUUCCUGGGCACAUACUGACGUUGUUACCUCCCUUGAGUAUAUGUAACCGUCUGCCCAUAGAGCUUCACUAUUAUUUCAAAGGGAUGGAUGUCUCAGGGAAUCUCAAAGCUGGCAAAACUGCUGCUUUACACGGAGUUGAUGUUUCUCAAGCCUUUGAACUUGGUAUUCACUUAGAAUAUUUCUCUAAGUGUAAAGAGAUCACCAUACCUCCCAACACAACAACUGCUAAAGGCCAUCUUCGACUCUAUGACAGUAAAGACCGCUUGCUGAAACUAGUAGUUAGGAUUAAGCUGGUGAAAGGAGGCUCCAUCUUGUUGACUAUUUCUGCCCAAUACUGGCUGAUCAACAAGUCGGGGCUGCCCCUGGUGUUCAGACAAGAUGGUGCUUCAACAACUGCUGCAGGACAAUUUGAAGAACAUGAAGAAGCUAGGAAUGUCAUGCCUCUACUAUUUAGCUUUGUGGAAAAGAAUGAAUUGAAUUUAUGCCAGAUGAGAGUAGGGACCUCGUACCAUGGAAAGAAUUCUAAACCACAGUGGUGUCACAGAUUUUCUUUGGAGGGCAAUACUUUCAAGAGAGCCCUGCACGUCAUUCGUGAAGGAAACAAGCCUGAUUGGUUAGUAAUGUGCCAAUACAAAAUGGGCAAGACUUUAAUGACUAAAUCAGAUCAGAGCAGUGUAUUGGUGUACAAUAUAGGUGUUCAGAUAACAUCAGGAGGCCCUCAGUAUAGAGGCACUACUAUUGUGACCUUUGCCCCACAGUUUUUCCUAGAUAAUCAGUCUAGAUUCAAGCUGGCGAUUGCUCAACAGUUCAUGACCAAAAAUGAGAACUCUGAGCAAACAUAUUUGACAGCUGUCCCUAAAUGUUCCCUUUCAUUCCAUUGGCCAAGAGUUGACCUUGACCAGUUGCUCUGUGUGAAGCUAUUGGACAUUAAAGGCUGCAAAUGGUCAGGUGGUUUUUACAUUGACAAGAUCAAUUCCUUCCAUAUUAACAUGAGAGACCCUAAUGGCCAAUGUCACUUGUUGAAAGUGGAGGUGGUGCAACAGGGGCCAACAUAUUUCAUAGUGUUUGCUGAUGCUGAUGUGAUGCCUCCCCCCUUUCGCAUUGACAACUUCUGUGAUAUUCCUGUUCUUUUUUACCAAACCAAUACAUCAGAUGAUAGAUUGAAAUCUUUUAUUAAGCCUUAUUCCUCUUGUCCUUAUGCCUGGGAUGAGCCAACUAUUCGUCCUCUCCAACUAACACUUGGAAUCAUGGGAGGUACUUCAGCUAAUUAUAGCCUAGACAAACUGGAGGAAGGUGAACAACUCCACUAUGAAAACUUCAUUUACAUAGUAGCCACAGCCACAUUUGACAGGGGCUGGCCCAAAGAGUCCUCAGAACUUGUGCUGGACUGUGAGCAUAGUCCAAAUGUGGUGUUCAGAAAAAAAGAGAACAGUAAACGUAGUCAGUUGUGGAGGAUGACUGGAUCAGGGAUGCUUGAGCAUGAAGGUUCAACAGCUCCACGUGAUCCACGCAACCCCAAAAGUAACAGUGAGCCUGGUCUUGUCCUUGACAUUGCAGACAUGGCUCCCAGACUAGAUAACCCUGCUCCCCUUGUACUGAAGAAACCAGACGCUAGAAGGAAAACCACCCAGACAUGGCGGUUCACUGAGGAUGGUCAUCUCAUGUGUUUAGUUGCCAACAUGUGUGUUCAAGCUAUUGGUGGGGAUAAAGGAUUGCAGGAUGGAGCCCUGGCCAUUUUUGGUCCACUUCCUGAUCAGAAGUCAUUUUAUCCAUCACCUGUCAUCUUCAACCAUACACUCAUCUCUAGGCAGAAGCUGCGUCCUGGAUCAGGAUGUGUUUCUGUGAGAGUGAGUGUGGAUGGACCUAUACGGGUCAUUGAACUAGUGGAUAUACAACAAAGAGCGUGGUUGAAAGAUUAUACAGAAGCGUCUCGUUUAUCCAUAUUAUUGGUUCAAAAGAGACCAGCAUCUCUAUGUCAUCAUAUCUGUUCUGGCAAGGUGUGUACACCACAAGUGAUUAAGAGGAUGACCAUGGAGAAAGACCUUGAAGAAUGGGAAGUGUAUGAGGAAGUGAAAGGCCGGAGGGAAACCAAGCCAAGUUCUGGUCGAGACUCUCUUAACAUUGAGUUGGUGAUAACUCUGAAAAAUGGCAUAGGUGUCUCCCUGGUGAACAGUUGCUCUGAAGAGUUGAUGUACAUUACACUGAAGAACAUCAACCUUGAAGUACAGUCUCAGCCCUCCUCCACAACAUUUGAUAUCAGUGUAGCACACAUUCAGGCUGACAAUCAGAUGUGGGGAGCACAAAGACCUGUGGUCUUGUAUGUCACUCCCUUGUCCAGGAGUGAUGUGCCAGACAACACACCAGCUCUACAUAUUUCUGCCUAUAAAGUCCCAAGUGGCAAGUGGAAUGCUCAAAUUUUUAAGCAUUUAUACAUCUCUACCAAACGAAUGACACUUCACAUUGAGGAGCAGCUGAUUUAUAAACUGCUGCAGCUUGCUGGUGUUGGGAAAGAUGAUAAAUCCUUGAAUCAACUGGAAGGCAAUGAAACCUACAGAGCUCUGUCUGCUGCAACUGCUAUACAGUCCACACGCUAUUAUUUUGGACACAUCAAAGUCAACUUUAACCGUGUGACACUGAGUAUGUUGACAGCUAGCAAAUUGAACCCAGACUUGAAAGCCAUUAAGAAUUUGUUAGGAACAAGAUUGAUAGCCUUUGAGCAGGCCAAUAUUGAGAUGCGUUCUUUUGAAAAGUUUUACCUGUUUGAAACUAAAAAUUUUUUGGUGAAUGAAAUCAAAAAUCAUUUUAAGGAAGAACUGAUUGGACAGGCAGCCAAAAUAUUGGGAUCUGUAGAUUUCUUAGGUAAUCCAUUAGGCCUGUUCAAUGAUAUCACUGAAGGCAUAUCAGGUUUAGUCAAAGAUGGAAACAUCACUGGUUUGGUUCAGAAUGUCACGCAUGGAUUUUCUAAUUCCACCGCCAAGGUUGUAAGCUCCUUAUCAGAUGGAAUUAGCAUUGUUACCUUUGAUGAAGAGCACAAUCAGCGGCGUGAGGCCUUGAGGAAUGUCACUUCUGGGAGUAGCUCCGACCAUGUGAAGGCUGGCAUCAAAGGUCUGGGUCAUGGCCUGAUGGGUGGAGUGACUAGUUUAAUUUCUCAGACCAUAUCUGGGGCUCAUGAGGGUCCCAUGGGUUUGAUCAAAGGAAUGGGUAAAGGUGUGAUUGGUACAGUUACUAAACCUGUUUCUGGAGUACUGGACUUAACUUCGGGCUUUGCUAAUGCUUUACGAGACACAAGCUUGAGGACAUCCCAGAGAUGCCCUGGCCGAAUGAGACCGCCUCGCUGCACGCUUGGCCCUGGGGGACUGUUGCCACUGUACAGCAAAUCUCAGUCUGAAGCACUGAAUACACUUUUUGAGCUGAAUGGAAAUGACUACACUGAAUACCUGAUCGCAAUGGAGACUUUAACUUCAGGCAAGAGCGGGGAAGGCAUUUUGUUUGUCCUCAUAUCCAGCAGGCAGGUCAUUUUCUUGAACCAGAAAGGUCACUUAAAACCAGAAGUCAUAUUACAAAUAAGUCAUGCUGACAUUCUGCAGUGCUCCAACAUUUUUGCUGAUUACAAAUAUUAUGUGGAGCUGACUCGUAAAACCAACACCAGCUCUGAUGUAGCAGCAACAAGUCUCAAUAAACCAAGGGUGCGCUGUGAUAAAGACAUAUUAGCCAAGAAGGUGGCUGAGGAAAUUAAGUAUGCCAAGAACUUGUAUGAUGAAAGAGCUCAGACCCUGGAGUUGGAAGAUUCGUCUGAUGAAGGAGAUUGAGUGUGAUACAAUGACAAAUAGUUUCAUCAUGAUUCUGUUAUUUCAGUGCAGGAAUCAAUUUGAUGACAAUUAUUACCCAUAUAAAAGUAUUUUAAAAACUGGAUAUCAUCAAAUAAUUUAACUGCUUGCAGCAGCCAGUCAAUCAAUGCUGACAUAUCAUUGGUCCCGCACUACUUCCUUGUUGGGAUACAACUCCUGUGAUAAUUCAUUCAGUUGAAGACUAUUUUGUGCAAUUCUUGUAUCACAUAAAGUCAAUCUUGCAGCUCUUUGUAAACUCAAACUUAUUGAUAUCUUGGUAGUUAUGCUGUAAAUAGAUUUCCCUCCUUACUAUACAAAUACAUGCAUAUUAAAACUUGAACUGUUUGUACAAAUGCAACUCCAAAAUGUAAAUCAAUGAGAGACAGAUUUGUAUUUAAUGCUUACCAACCUCUAUUGUUGUUGCAAACUCCAUGUAUAUAGACAAGUAGAGUAUCUUGUUGUAUGUUUUAUAUAUAAAUAAAACUAGAUCCUCCCUGAGUCUACUUUAAAGCAAAUGUCAUUCCAUGUUAUCUAUACAAUUCAUUGUAGUUCUACUAACUGGCCAUUUAGAAAACACAAGUGGGCUGGUCAUAGUAUAUAUUUAUAAUGGAAUAUUUCUUUAUGGUCAGUGUGUUUGAUGCUGAAGAGAACUGUUUGCAUAUCCAUGUUCCAGUUUUUUGGAUUGUUUUGCUUUUUUUUUCAAUAUUAGAAAAAACUGGAGUGCCAUUGAAUGUAUUUUUGAUAUCAAAUGUUUUAUGAAAUAUUGGCAAUACAAAUUGGAUAACUAAUACAAACCAUCCAAUAAAAGCUAUUUUGAAAACAAAAUUCUUGGAAUUUUCACAUAUGUUAACCAUCUUCAAAUGUUUAACUUUUGUAUUUAUUACAAGAUUUGAUCUUUGUUCAAUUAAUUCACAGUUUCUAAACUUCAUGUUGUUGUUUUGUUCUGAGAUUUUUCAAGGCAAAAACCUAUAAGAGGGAGAAAUAUAAAGUUGCAACUCAAUAAUGUUUCAUAGACAAAGCACAUUUCAGUCAAUAAAAAAUACAAGCUAGAUCUAUUUCUGUUUAUAUUAGCAUGCAGUUUUAGAGAGGUAAUAGCUUGGUCAUCGUUAUUUUCCAUCAAUCUUAUCUCAGCGUGGACUACAAGAUGUUUUUGUAGGUUAUACCCAGCUAUGAUCAACUAGAUAACAAGAUCUUUUUUUCAGUAACUACAAUGAGUUGUAGCAGUAAUUCUUUUAGUUACCUUAUAUUACUUGAGUAACAGUUCUUAAGAAUGACUAUUUGGGAUUACACUUUGCAAAAUGUCAUUAAUUAAGAGGCAUACAUUGGGUUUGUUUGAUUAUGAAUUGUAAUAUUUUUUUUAGUUCACAUAAAUUCCAAUGAAAAAUUAGCUUUGAUGUACAAAGUUUUUGAUUGACUAGCUCAAGAAAAGAAUAGGCUGAAAUUAGUUUAACACACACACAGCCAUUUGUUGGCUUGAAUAGUUCUCUUUUAUUAAGUUGUUAGGUUUUUUUAUGCUUAGUUUUGUCUAUAACCAAGUUAAAGUGACAGAUACAAACUGUUUUUUAUUCAGUUGUUUUUGUAUAGUGCAGCCACAUGUUUAUAGCAUUGCCCAGAGUGCUAUGAUCCAAUUUCUUUUGUGGAACAGUGGGGCAAUGCUGAUGAGAAAGUUACCCUGCUACCUUUAGGCACUUAGCAAACACAGGUCUGUCUUCUUGAGUUAGGAUUUGAACUCAAGCCCCCUUGAUAGUAGCCAAGGCGUAUUAGCCACUCAGCCAUACAACCCUUUGAACUUAGUAGUACCUUCAAGUACGUUGUAACUUAAUGUUUUCUCACUUUUCAAAUUGAAACCAAAAUUAUUAUUAUUUUUUUAAAAAUAACUUUACUGAUGUGUUUCAUGUUUGAAAAAUCUGAAGAACAUUUUUGAGAUCUGACAGAUAUAUCUCAUCCACAUUCCCUGAUCAUGCACCAAGCCAAUUGAUGAAGUUCCUUUGCAGGUUUAUGACUCAAAAACAAAACUAUACAGAUGAAUUGAUUCACCUUUAAAUCUUCAGAAAUAGAAAAGCCUUUGGAAACAAAGCCCUGAACAAUUUUGUUCAUUUCCUUUGGAUUCUGCAUGCCCCUGACUCAAGGUUCAAAUUUAUAAUAAUAAUUUAAUCUGUUGGUUGUUUCUUAUGCAAUUGAUUCUUUCAAAUACAUAGAAACAGAAUAAUUGACUUUUUUUUUUACCACAUAAUAUUUUGUAUUUUAGUUUCAAGUGAACGUGUAAACUUUGAUGUUAUUUAUUACUUUUGCUGAAACCUUUCAUUUUGUUGUUUGUUUUCACACCAGUAUUUCUAAGUCCUCAGUCUUCAUCUGCCAAAACUGUUUUUUUUUUUUUUAAAUUUAUGUUUGUAUUGGAUAUUUGUAUUAAUUUACAGUGUUUUAGUUAGCUAAUUGACAAAAUCAGAUGGAAAAAUAUUGUAAAUGUCCUAAUAAUUGAUGCUAUAGUUUUUUAGAAUUGUAACAAAGUUUUGAAUUAUUUAUGUGAACCUUAGAAGACCUGUUUUUUUUACUUUGGUUUUAUUGGAAAGUUUUUUUUUUACUUAUUCCGAGGGUUUGAACUUAUCUGCACAUGUAUUAACAGCUGUUUAUAAUUUCCCACUUAUAUCUAGCUUUUAUUAAAUUUGUAUGCAUAAAUAAAAUGUCUCAAUAGAAACAAAUAAUUUGAAACAAAUACUAUCAGAUUUACAUGAAAUUUAAAGUAGAAUCCAAAUUAGUCAGUUUAGAAAAAUAAAAUUGUGUUUAUUAUGUUUAAAAAAUCCAAAUAAUUUAGGACAGUAUUUAUUUUCAUUCCAUGGUUGAUUGCAGAGAAUUCAUAAUUCUGAAUCUCUAUUUUAUUUUCUCUAUUAAAAAAUGUUUCUUGUUCUUUGACAAAUUUUCUUUUUAUGCAUAAUAUAAAUGUGUCAAUCUGUGAAUAGAAUGUAUAUUUUCUAUAGCAAAAAUUCUUCCAGUUUUUUAUUUGGCUAUUGUUUAUUAAAUGCACAAGUCUAGCACCAUGAUGUCUCUAGUUUUAAUUUGAAUUUAAAACUUCACAUUUCAAUGUAAGCCUUACAGAUGUCCUGACAAUGAAAUGUCAAUAAAUCUUGUUUUUAUGCAAUGUGAAGCAUGCAAAACUCAAGUCAGUAAAUUAAAACAUAAAGAAUUUAAAAAAAAAACAACAGUACAUAAACUAAAGGCACAAGGUAAACAAAAAUAAUUUUUGUUUCCCAUGAAUCUAAAAUCUCUCAGAUUAGCAUUCACAUCUCUCUCUAGGGCUUCAUUCUCUCUCUCAAAUAGCUUGAAAAUUGAAGUUGUGCUUCUAUGACAAAAAUGCUUGGCUUCAUCAGUUCAAGUUGUGACACAGGAUUUUGAAUUAGGGUUUCUCAAAAUGACCUUGUUCUGAAAUCUUCAUCUUGAGAUAAAAGUAAAAUUAAAGGGCAUUGUGAUAGUGACAAGUCACCGUUAUUUCAAAACUAUUUUCAACUGCUAAGACCUGACAGAGAUCCUCUUCAGUAGUACCCAUUGAUGAAAUGUUAUAGAUUCUAGUUGAAUGUUUCUUUCUUUUUAACUUUUAUCUUAUCAUUAUCUUUUUUAAUUAGCUAAUUUGAUGCUGGUAUUCAGGAUUGCUUUAACAAAGAUUGACAAACUGAAUGCCACUCUUCAGGGUAAAUAAUCCAUCAUUUAUGUACACGUUUUUUUUUAUCAUUCACAUAUU